GAACGCAAUGUGAAUGCCGGAAAUGUUGUGCUUGGUUCUGUCAGCAUCUUCAGCUUUCCCGCUGCAAAGUUCAGAUUCGUUCCUCCUCCACGGUUCUGAAAAGGCCCGAGUGGAGCGGGCCGAACUUCGGCUAGGUUCUCCGCACAUGCACAAUAGUCAAUCGCGUUGUCUGCAAGCGCAACUCUCUAUACUGUACACCGACCACAAAGACAACAUGACAAAUCGUACACGAUUAACAUUGUCAACUAUUCGAUCUUUAAGUACUCCUCGGGUCACGAAGACCACUCUUCCACGUCCGAGUCGUAGUCUUCACGGAAUACCCAUUACCACACGUGCGGUUCCUCUCUCAGAUGUUCCAAUAACGGAAGCGUCGCUUUCCGAGCUGCGACAACUUAUUGACGCACCUGGCGCUCAGCCUCUGCUUUUUCGUGCUUCAGCUACUUCAGAUCCAACCAACACAACCUCUCGCGCAUCUGAGCUACUCAAAAAUCUCCGCCAAGGUGCAGACAGGAUAGUGGAUGUUGAAUAUGGUCGAUAUGACCAUGCUGCUUCGGGUGUUUUUGACCGCGUGCCAAUGCGGCUACAGGAUUAUCUCGACUGGUUAGAAGACAAUACAAGGGAAAGCGGAAGUAUUUCUGGACGACAGAUUUAUCUUGCCCAGUGGAGAGCUGGCGACGAGAUAGAAGCAAUACGUGAUACGUUGAAGCCUCCGCCAAUGCUGACGCCGCUAUUGAAAGAAAACCUUGCGGAUAUGUACCAGACGAGCUUCUUCAUCGGUCCUACAGGGGCUGUGACACCACUGCAUUAUGACCCAUACGUCAACCUCUUCCACCUGCAAGCAUCUUCCUCACCUCGCCGUUACGCAAAGCAUUUUACUCUAGUUCCUCCCUCUAUCUCAGAACACCUGACACGUACAGACCCCGAUUUUGGACUCCGUAACACCUCUCCACAUGAGUUCCACAUUCUUCCGACUGGAACAACUGAUUCGUAUUCGUUUGAGCUCAGAGCAGACGUUAACAUACCCCGAAGUACGGUAGAAGCUCUGACAAAUGCUGUGCUCACUUGUGUCUUACAUGAGGGAGACACACUUUUGAUUCCAAAGCGGUGGUGGCAUCGAGCUGAAAAUGUUGCUUUACCAACUGAAAAUGAGGGGGAGAAAAAGAAGGCAGGGUGGACAGCUGGAGUCGCGUGGUGGUUCUUACUCAGGGAUGCGCCUGGAGAGAGUGCACCUUCAAGGUGAUGUAUUAGGCCAUUAGGAUGAGCCCAUACUAGUAGUGGUUAUAUGUAUGUAUGUUCUGUACGGCAGAAAAUUCAUCUGUGCAGUUAACCUGGUAGAGGUGACGUUUCGUUUCCAAUGUGAUCCAGAAAUAGAUCCAACGUCUUUACCAUCCAGUUGAAACUUUUGCGUUGUUCGUGUCUCAUCUUGUUCUCGGAUUUAGUCAAGAAAUCUUCCAAGCACAU